AAAUGAAAUAUUCAUUUUACGCUCAUCACCAAAGUAACCAGGUUGUGGAUCUCCAGCGUCAUGGAUUCACCCUGGCAGAUAGCGGGUGUCACCUCUGCGACAGCAUUAGUCUUCUACCUUGCAAUAACCUACCGACGGGGGAGUCGAUACAAACUACCCCCGGGGCCCUGGGCGUUACCAAUUUUCGGUAACCUGUUUCAACUCAUCGGAGGGAAAGGGGUUUACUACAAACUGCUGGGAUUCAGAGAACGAUAUGGCGAUCUCUUCAGAGUACAGAUGGGCGUGCAAACAAUAUUUGUUGUAUUUGGGCGUCGGUAUUUUCAUGAACUACUGGUCGAAAAGGGCGAGCUUGUGUCUAACAGACCAAACUGGGUGUACACUCCCGACAAACUCACCCAUGGAAAAGGAAUUAUAUGGAGCAAUGGCAAACAGUGGCUAGCUAUGCAGACUUUGUUGAAAACGGCCAUGCAGGACACGAAUGUAGUGUCCGCUCUCAGGCGACACCUAACGGCAGAGUUUGAGGAGUUCCAGUCUUUUGUCAGGGACGGAUCCACCACCUAUAAUCUGGAAUAUUUGAUCCGCCAAGCCGCUUUCAACUUUCUGUCAGCCUUUCUCAUUGGAAAAAGAUCUAAGUAUGAUGACUCGACCAUGGCCGAAAUGAGAGACAGAAUAGAGAGUUAUGGGUUUACAAUGGCCACUGUAAAUAUUGAGAAUUACAUCCCUUUAUUGGCGCUCAUCAAUAAAUCAAAGAUACGAGCGGCCGAAAAUGACGAGGAGUAUGUAUUUGGAAUACUCAGAAAGGUUAUGGAAGAGAACAAGAAUUCAACCAACGACCCUCCGCAGGACUUUCUACAAAUGUAUCUAUCGAAGUCGAAGGAUGAACGCUCAAAGGAUGGAAUGACUGAGCUGGACGCUUUGAGGACCAUCGUCGACAUUUAUGUCGGUGGAAGGGAUAACCUAAUUACCUAUACCAAGUGGAUACUGAUGACGUUUGCAAAAUACCCGGAUGUACAAGCUAAAUGUCGAUCCGAGAUCUUUAAGGUAAUUGGUCGAGACCGACGCGUUCAGGCAGACGAUGGAGCCAAGACGCCAUAUACCUUGGCUAUUGUGAAAGAAGUUCUGCGCAUGCGCGCUCCAGUGGUUUUAGCCCCCUUCCAUACUCCAAAACAGGAUAUAAAGCUCGGCGAGUAUGAUAUUCCGAAAGACAGCAUCAUUUUGACCGACUGCAAGGCACCAUGUCAUGACCCUAAUGUCUGGAAGGACCCGUAUGUCUUCAAUCCAGAGAGGUUUCUUGGCGGUGCUGAUCGUCAGAUACCGGAGACCAGCUUCGUUCCUUAUGGUGCAGGUCCCCGAUACUGCAUAGGCAGAUACAUCGGCGAUAUGUUCCAGUACGCCUUUGCGGCUAACCUUGUUCAGAAUUUCCAGGUAACGACCAAAAAUCCAGAGAACCAGAUUUCAAUGGAGGAUGUCUUCGACAUAUUUGGACUCCGUCCACAGCACUUUGAUGAAGUUAUUCUGAAACCGGUGGAAUGAUUAUGAAUAUUGAGAACAUUUCUUAUUUACUCAAUUCAUUUAAUCUAUCUGUAGUAACUGUCUAAAAGCGGGAAUAUAUAUCAAUAUGUAUACACAUAUGAUGUAUAAUUAUUGUCUAUUGACAAUAGGGGAUAUACUUUGAUUUAAAAAAAAAAGUAUUGAUCGCACACCUCCUAUUCUAUAAUGUUCCUCGGGAAAUGAUUUUUUUAACUAAUCAAAAUUCUGUAAUUAUGACAUUUCUCCUUAUAAAGUAGUAUUCCUCUCUAUAUUGAUCUUCUGUGAAAUGUCAAAUUCAGUGUAGUCAAUGAAUGCGUUCUUAUAUCGAAGUUUUCACGAUCUACGGGUGAAAUAUCUUCAAUGAGUGUGUACAUGUAUGUAAAAUCGAAUGAACCAAUAUCUUAUUUUCGAGUUGCGCAAGAAUUGUUUUCAUUAACUGAAGUCUUGUCUUGAGACGCAAAAUAUAUUUUAGCGGCAAUCGAAUGGUCAUCAGCUGCCGCGUAACCACCUGAUUGGAGAACACAUAGAUCUAGAAUGAUGAUGAAACAGAUCAGACAAAACUCGAACUUUAUUGUGUUUCAUUGUUAAAGUAUUGAUAGUGUGAAAGUGGAAACGAAUAACUAUUGCAAAUCUAAUUCAAGAAGGAAUAACACACUCUGAUAUGGAUAAAAAGUGAAGGACAUGCACAAUAAAAUUUUGAAAUAGAAAA